AUGUUGUAAAAAAGAAAUUCUUAAGUAAUUAAUCAAUAAUAAAAUAAUAGUGAUGAAACUGAAUAUGAUGAAGAAAUCUCUAUUUGGAACGAAAGUGAUCUUAGAGAGGCAGGUAUAAAUACAGAAUUUAUAGAUAAGAGAGGAUAAUAAUUAGAAUUUUACUAGCUAUACAGAUUGCGUUCAGUUUUAUAUUAACCAAAUUAUGUUUCACAUUUAGUUUUAAUCUAAGAAAUAUAAAAUCAAAACAAAUAAGAAUAUAUUUCUCAAUUUACAUCUUAAAAAUCAUGUUCAAUAUUAAAAAGCGAAAAUGAAAUAUAAAUUAACAAAGAAGAAAAUUAGACUCAAAGUCAAAAUCACAAUAAUAAUAAUAAUAAUAAUACUAAUAAAUAAGAAAAUGAAAUUGAUGUCAUUUAAAAUAAUCAAUUAAAAAAAGUUGAUAAAUUAUCAGUAUUUGAUUUUGUGUUCUCUUUUAUCAAAAAAAGAAUAUUUAAAAAAAAUUAUGAUGGUUAAAAUCAAUUUUGA